AUGGAUAACUAUAAAAAAUAUCUCUUUGAUGAAAAAUUUCAAGAACCUUAACCUCGUAAUACUUAUUCAUUCUAAGCUCAAGAGAGUUAAGAAGAAUAACCAAUGGAAUCAAAUUUUGAUGAUGAAUACAAAAAAGAUUUUCUUCAAAAUCAAAUAAAAAACAUUAGAGAAAAAUUGAUUAUGAUGGGUUUUCCAAGUUUAGGUGAUUUAUAUAGCAAUUCUAAUUCUGAAGUUGAUCUUACUGUCAAAGUGUAAAAAUAAUUUAAAUCAUUAUAUAUUAGAUUAGUAGCUAUAAUUAAAUAAAGAAGAGAGGACAUGGAUUUUAAAAAUACAUAUCAUGAAAGAAUUAAUAAAAUUGAAGCAGAAAAACAAUAACUCACUUCAAAUUUUGAUAGAUUAUCAAAUAAUAGAAAAAUUCUUGAAUAAGAAAAUACUACUUUAUAAGCCAAAAUAAAGAGUUCAGAAAAGGUUUAAAAAGAAUAAAUGUAUGUCUAUUUAAAUAUAAAUUAGUAAUAAAUUAGUGCUGGAAAGAGAAGAUCUAUAAAAAUAGUUAUCAAAAUUAUAAAGUAGAUCGACUUAAUUUGAACAUGAAUUGAAGUAAAGGGAUUUAGAAAUUUAAAAACUUAAAGAUCAUAUUAAAAAAUAAUAGGCUUCAAAAAAUUAUAAAAAUAGUUUAGAAAUAACUUAACCUAUUGAAUAAGGGGGUCCAAGUGUUUUUGCAGCAAAUGGAGAAUACGAAUUUAGUUAAUUGGUUAUGAAAAAAUGGGAAGAAGUUAAUAAUAAAUUAUUAAGAGAAAAUGAAUAAUUAAGGGAAAAUUUAGUUAAGAUUCAUAAUGAAUUAGGGGAGAUACUUUAAAUUAGAAGAGAUGUGUAUAUUAAAAGAAGAAAAAUAGAUUUUGGAGAUGAAAAUAUUCCAUCAGAAUUAGAUAAUCCUUAACAAAAUAUGCAUUAAUUUAAAAGUGAUUUAUUUAAGGUUCCUUUAGAAACUAAUGGUAAAUAAGCAAUACAAAUGUUACAAGAGAAUCUAUUAACAUUUAGAGAACUAAUGAAAAAGUUUGAUUAAUAAUAUGAGAUUUAAUUGAAUGAAGAUGAAAUUGAAAUUGAAGCAGAAGGUGGGAAAGUUAAAGCAUGUAAAAAUUUAACUGAAUUAUUUAAAAAUUACAAUUAUAUUUUUGAUGCUUAAGAUAAAAUGAUUAGUUAAAUUAUUAAUAAGAGUUAAAAUUUAAAAAAAAUAGAUGAAUUAAACUUUAAUUUAAAUAGAUUCAAUAGAGUAUUAGAUGAUAAAUAGAUUGAUGAUGUUAAAAAGUAUUUAUAAGACUAGAAAAAGUAUUUAGAUGAAUCUAAAAAUGAGAUGGAUAUGAUAAAAAAACAGUUUUAACAUUAAUUAAAAAAAAGGGAUGAAGAAAAAUAAAUAAUUUAAGUAUUAUAAUUUAUAAAAAUAAUUAGAUGAAAAGAUAGAUGCUUGAAGAAACUAAUGAGAAAUUCAAAGAGAAUAUCAGAAUGUUAGAAAAUGCAAGUAGAUAAGCAUUAUAAUAACUUAAUUAAGAUAAUAAUUGA